CUCCAAUAACAAAAACACUUACACUUAUGACAAUUGCUAUUUCUUCAGUAUUAGCUUUUGACAUACAUGGUACACCAGAGGUAUGUUGUGACACCAAGUACUACACCUUGGCUAGUGAAGCAAAACAAUUAGUCAAGGACUUAAAGGCAGGAAAAGUAGAUGGUGAGCACCAUUGGUUUGAAAAUGGUGAUACUAUCUGGGAAUCAAGUGGUGCCACAUUUUCGGGUAAAGAAAGAGCUGAUAGGUUACAAAAAAUCAUCGAUAAAUGUACUACUGAUGAUGGUAUCAGUGUAGCUGGACAUGACUGUCUUUAUGACAGCAACGCAAGUACUAACAGUAUGUGUCUCUAUAAAGGACCUCAGGCAGGCUGUGAUUUUGGAAACAACUGCCUUGAUCUUCACUGGAACAAGAGCAAAUGUCACUUUCCAAUAUCUCAAGGUUUCAUAAUGAUUAGUUGAAUGGAGUUUUGUAAUAUGUAGUAUUC